AUGUAUCGCAUUGUUCUUGCGUUGUAUCGUUGCCGUCGUUCCUGGCCGUGUGUGGUUGAAGACGUCGACAUCAAGGCCAUAUAUACCUCGGGGCUUGGGUUGGAAGAUACAUCGAGCAACGCCAGGUUCGUUCGCAAUUGCGAACGAACAGCAAACGGCAGAGGAGAAGUGUCCCCUCCCCCAGCCGGGCUUUGCCCCGUUACAUUCAUUCCCAUUCCAUUCUUUUUUUUUACAAUCUUUAUGGCCUGGUCUUGUCCCGCCCUGCCCUGCCCUAUCCAAACCUUUUGCUGUCUAUUUCACCUAUCCUGUCCCAUCCUGUCCCAUUCUGCCCUAUCCCCUUUCAUCCCAACCCAUCCCAUCCUCGUUAGCCCGGCUCGCUCGUUGGAUCAGAGUUUCGAUCAACGGCGGGCCCUGUCUCGUUUCCCCAUAGCCCCGGCUUUCCCUAAUCGUCCUGACGUCUGUCCAUCCUCAACCCCGAGUUGCCUCGUCUGUCUCUGGCGUGUACCCAUUUUACCGCCCUCCUCCUCCUUCUCGACACCGCAUCCGUCACGAAUCAGAACCGUACCAUAG